CGACACAGCUGAGAUUGUUUUCUGCAGAGGAAGCUGCUGUUCCUGUUGGUACGAUCAGCCCCGUCUUUGCCCGCGGAAUGAAGCCACACUUUGUGCGUUCACCGAGGACGACAUGAGCAGAACAACGCCGUCCGUGUGAUUGUUGUAGGGAGCAGGAAAGAAAGAGAAAGAGGGGGGGUGGGAAUCCUGGCUGAACGAGCCGGAGCGGAUGUUCCUGUAAUCUAUUUGAACCAGACUCUGACACCGUCUGGAAGCCAAGCCUUUAAAGUGCCAAAUGCCCAGAUUAGAGGACCACUGCUGGAGCUGCUCUUGUUCACCGAAGACUGAGACCAAGCAUUCGUCCGGAGCGAACGGGUUCGCCUCCAGAGCUGAAGAGAUGAUGUCCAUCAUCACCGCGAUGCUCAGCAGCGCCUACGGCUCCCUGCUCGACGUCCGCACCGCCAACCUCAUCCGCAGGGGUCUGGUCCUCUUCACGGUGGGGGUGUUUCUGGCGCUGGUGCUCAACUUGCUGCAGAUCCAGAGGCAUGUCACUCUGUUUCCAGAGGAGGUGAUGACAACUCUGUUUUCAUCCGCUUGGUGGAUCCCACCGUGCUGCGGGACAGGAGCCGCUGUUAUCGGCCUUCUGUACCCCUGCCUCGACAGCCAUUUGGGAGAGCCGCACAAGUUCAAGAGGGAGUGGGCCAGUGUGAUGAGAUGCAUCGCAGUGUUUGUCGGUAUCAACCACGCGAGUGUUAAACUAGACUUUGCCAACAACGUGCAGCUCUCCCUGACCCUGGCGGCCUUGUCUUUGGGCCUGUGGUGGACAUUUGACCGCUCCAGGAGCGGCUUUGGCCUGGGCAUCACCACCGCCUUCCUGGCUACGGUCAUCACACAGCUGCUGGUCUACAACGGCGUUUAUCAGUACACAUCCCCAGACUUCUUGUACGUGCGCUCCUGGCUCCCGUGUAUAUUCUUCUCAGGCGGUGUUACUGUGGGUAACAUCGGACGGCAACUGGCCAUGGGGGGCGUUGAGAAACCCCACAUGGACUGAACGGCGAGCUGCACAUCUCCUAAAGAGGCAAGGAUAAAGCGAGGAACAGUUUGAGCAGAAAUGGAUUAACGGGAUGGGGAGGGAAUGAGAAGGAUAACCUUAGGAAAAACUGACUCCUUGUUUUUUUUUUUUGUUUUUUUUUUGACUCCAUCCUGGUCAAUUAUGCCCUGUCAGCUAACGUGCCAUGUCCUCCGAAACCUCCUCACAGCCAAACGAAUCGUCAUUCCUGUUGUCCUCCAAUAGCAUUAAGGCAUCCUUCACACACAACAGGAGGAUGGACUUUGCCUUGUUUUGCUUUUUUUUUUUUUUUUGAUGUGACGAAUGGACACACAAUAUAUAUAUUCUUUUUUUUACAUGAAGUGGAUUCCUUUGUGUGCGAAUGUUUGAGCGUGGAUGUAUUGUUGGUCUUUGCAGAAAAGACGCAAUGAUGUUGCAAAGAUCUUUUUUUUGCCUGACAUGGUAUGGUCAUAAAAGGGAAAUAUAGUUUAAAUGAUGACGCACCUGUCUUCACUCUUAAAUAGAAACAUGUUCGUAGGCAUUUCAUGUUCCCGGUCAAACCAAAUUGAAGUAUUUAUUUUUGGAAAGUUUUCACUAAACUAGCAAAGUGUGUGUGGGAUACGGUUUGACGCUUUCCGGUUUUUGAGGAAUAGUCUGGGGGAAUCAUUUGCUUUCUUUCAAAUUUAGCCAUGAGUCUGCCGUUUUUGCCAAGAACCUUCUUUGAGAAGACGUCUGCGUUUGCAAAACUCUGCACGUUAAUUGUCCAAUCUGAAAUAUGCAACAAUUACACAGCGUUGUCACCGACCCAUAGAAGAUGCAGGGCUUCAGAUUUAUUGCUCCAUAGUGGAUCUGAGAUUCAAAACUGGUAUUUUUUUUUUUUUUUUUUUUUUUUUUUUUUAAAUCAAAAUUUCUCAUUAGAAUAGAUUGGGCUCAGCUGUUUAAGAGUAACUGCGUGUUCCUGUGCAGUUAAUUUAGACUUAAUUUACAUUUUCCAGAGCCUUGUAAUUCUACGAGCAGUUUAUUAGCUGUAGUUCUUUCACUUCAGCAAAGUUGGAGUAAAGUUGGAGUUUUAUGCGAAGGCCGUGAAGACUUGACCUGAUAUGAGUAAAUAAUUGCUUAUUUCUUGCAUCAGGCCUCGCAGGCUCUUGGUUCUGCAGCUGGACUCAUUUUUAAGAGUUUCUAAUUUGGAAAUUGGGCUUUGAACAUGGGGAGGAAAAACAUGUUUGCUUAGCUUUUCUGCAAAUGCUAAAACAAGGCUUGUUGUUUGGUAAGUUUCAGGAAAAACAAAAAAGAAGAAAACUUUAGCUCAUGGAGUUCAGCUUUGCAUUUGUUUUCAGGGUUUUAGUAGAAAGCAAAUGGUUUCCCACAGCGUUGAUUCAUGUAGAUGUUGGUAGAUGGAAGAAAAAGCAAAAAGGGGCGGUAAGUGAAAAGUGCCAUUGUUCAGAGUAUUCUGCAUUAACUGAGUGUAAGCACAUGCAUUUGGGUUGAUGAGGUGCACUGUAAGAUAUCUGGGGUAUAAACCUCUCAGCCUCCUCUUUGAAUUUGAUCUUGUUUUUGCAUGUAAAAAAAAUAUAUUAUUGAUUCACAGUUGGCUGUCGGUACAUUACAAAAAAAUUUGAGACUGUAUUUUAUACUGUUUUUAGUUGCAGGCAAAUACAAAACAAAAAAACAGGAUUAUAAUUGGAAGGAAACGAGAACGUACCACAAGUAUAUCCACCUGUAGAAGCGAAAUGUCAUGUGUUCACACUCAUUUUUCCAGACGAAUUAAAAAAAAAAAGGUAUCUCUGAUAGUUGGGGAACACACGCCGAUCAAAUGUGCGGGCAGGACAUUAUUACUUAAGAUUUGCAAUCUGUGAUUGCCUGUGUUUUUAUAGAAUUUAGUGCUUUUGUCACUAUAAGGUUUUAGUUUUCUCUUUUUGUGUAAAGAUGACUUCAUUAGUGCUUCUGUGUGUUUAAAAAAAAAAAAAAAA